AUGCCGUCCAAGCGCAGUAUCCUCAUCACCGGGUGCUCUGAUGGCAGCCUCGGUGCUGCUCUCGCCCUCCAAUUCCACAAAGCCGGAUGGCGCGUCUUUGCAUCGGCUCGCAACCCGGCCAAGCUCAAGCAUUCCGUAAGUGCCGGCAUCGAGACGGUCCUCCUCGACACCCUCUCCGACGACUCCAUCCAGGCCUGCGUGGCCGAAGUCGAAAAACUGACCGGUGGCUCCCUUGACGCUUUGAUCAACAAUGCCGGUGGCGGAUACUCCAUGCCGCUCAUGGACAUUGAGAUCCAAAAGGGCCGCGAUCUCUUCGAGCUCAACGUGUGGUCUCUCAUCACCGUCACACGCGCCUUCCUCCCACUCCUCAUGGAGUCGACUCACGACGACGGCGCCCUGCUCAUCAUGCACACCUCCAUCUCCGGAGUCGUCACCAGCACCGGCCCCUUUGCCGGAUGCUACAAUGCCUCCAAGGCCGCCGCAUCCAGCCUCACCGAGACGCUGCGGUUGGAACUCGAGCCGUUCGGCAUCCGGGUCAUCAAUCUAGUGACGGGCGCAGUGCAAUCGACCUUCCACGACAACGCGCCCCACCCAACCUUGCCGCCCAACUCGCUCUACAAUGUGGCCAAGAAAGAGGUGGAGAGCGCGAUGGUCAACGAGCAAGUCGAGCACGACACCGACGCGAAUGUGUGGGCCAAGGACGUGGUCAAGGACAUGAGCAAGCGGCGCCCGGCGCUCUGGAUCUGGCGCGGCAGGCUGGCGCUCAACGCCUGGAUUGCGACAUUCUGCCCGAUUGGAUCGUUUGAUGGCAUGAUGAAGAGGUGGGUUGGGUUGGACGUGGUGGAGAAGAAUUGGAAGCAGCAGCAGAAGUCGGUCUCGGGCUAG